AUGUCAUUCUUAGCCACAAGUGCUCAACCUUUGAAUCCUAACCUAAUUCGGUUGAAGUCGAACAUCGCUACCAGCUGUUGUGAAGCCAUUCGGACCAUUGAGCAUCAGUGUUGGCCUGCCUUACUUGGCACACUAGGGUUUACCGCGGAAGAGACUGAUGUACUCAAGGGUUACUGUGAUGAAGCCGAUCAUGUUAAAUCCCUGCCGGCAAAUCCACCAUCACCACCAUCAAUUCAUGAUCCUAUAAAUGUAAAAGUUGUUCCUAAUUUGGAGAAGUUGGUCCCUUGA